AAUUUCCUCUGCAAGUUUGGGAUCAGUCCUGGGUGAGAGCUGAGGAUCACGACCAGCACCCAAACAAGACCAUGAUGCAGACUGUGGCACUCACAAUAUUUUGUCUGGUGGCUGCACUCAGUAAUGGUGACGACUCAUGUCCAGAAGUGAAGGUUGUGGGAGUUGGAAGCUCUGACAAAUUGACCAUCCUUAGAGGAUGCCCUGGGGCCCCUGGGAUUCCUGGUUAUAAAGGUGAACCUGGACCUUCAGGAGAGAAAGGUCAAAGUGGCUCGAAGGGGGAAUCGGGGAAGGUCGGCCCAAAAGGGCAACAAGGACAGAAAGGAGAUAAAGGAGAUAGUGGAGCACCAGAACAAUUUUAUGCUGCCAGGAGCUGUAAGGAACUACUGGAUCAGGGGACAUUUCUAAGCGGAUGGUACAAGAUUUACCCAGAUGGAGAGAAGCCUCUGACUGUGCUUUGUGACAUGGACACUGAUGGAGGGGGAUGGAUUGUUUUCCAGAGAAGAUUUGAUGGUUCCGUAGACUUCUUCCGAGAUUGGAAUUCCUACAAGAAAGGAUUUGGGAGUCAGCUGAGUGAAUUCUGGCUUGGGAAUGACAACAUUUACACUUUAACAUCAUCAGGCAACUAUCAGCUACGCAUUGAUUUUACAGACUUUGAGAAUCAACACAGUUUUGCAGCUUAUGAUUCCUUUGCAACACUGGGAGAGAAAGAUUAUUAUAAGCUGAUCCUUGGGGCUUAUUCUGGGGGCACUGCAGGAGACUCUCUGGAUCACCACCGCAACCGUGCUUUCACUACCAAAGACAAGGAUAAUGAUUCCCAUGGAAUUAACUGCGCUGAAACCUUUAAAGGAGGCUGGUGGUAUGGAGCCUGCCAUGAUGCCAAUCUGAAUGGACUGUACCUACGGGGGAAACACUCCAACGAAGGUUUAGGCAUCAACUGGGAAACAGGCAAAGGAAAUGGCUACUCUUACAAAGUCCCUAUCCCCCAGGAUCAACCACCCAAGGAUUGAAUUCUCUGUGACUUCUCCAUGAAGGGAAAAAAGUCAAGCUGCAGCUUCAGCAGAAUCUCACUCGUUUUUCCUUUGGAUUUCAGCGGGAACCAGUUCUCAAUGGUCAUAUCGUUGGCAUUCAUCAGUCGAGAAAGCGGCACAGAGGCUCGUCCUAGAACCUUAUUCUGCUCAUUUCGUACCUGUGAAAAUCACACUUGUAAGUGGCCCAGAAAGAUCUACAGGAAUGAAGAAUCCAAUAAGGAAGGACAUUUAUACUCACCUUUAGCUUCAGUUCUUCAUUGAGUGGGUUCUUUAUUAGGAAUUGGAUCCUCUUCUUCCACUCUGGCUCUCCGGUGGUAUUUAUUUUACCCUGGGAACAAAACAAUGAAUUCUAAAUGAGAACUGGAUCUUAAGAAAUACACCUGUCAGCUCAUUAUUAUUUAUGUUGUAAUUAGGGUUUUUGUGUAUUUCCCAGUGACAGUCAGUUUUGUGAUUGGCAUUGGGAUAUAUGUCACUGCUUUACUCUGUAUAUAAUGCAGGAAGUGCUAAUUCCUAAUUAAUGUCUUUCCCCACCCAGCACUAUCAGUUCCUAAUCUGAAGCAAAAAUGAUAUUUUGUGGUUGGACUUUAUGUCAGUACUUACCCCACUCCUCUUUACUGUGUCUCCGACAGUGACCUGCACCUUGGCCAAGGGGUUUAAUUUGCUUUUCUUCGGCUGUUAGAAAAGAACAAAUGUCAUUAAUAAAGUGCAUAAUACAGACAA